AACAAGUUUUUGUUGUUGACAGUUUGUGUUGUUAGUGUUUUAAUUCAAGUUUAAAUUGUUAAUCAUGGCCACUGGAAAGAACAAAAGAGAUUAUGCAGCUGAUAAAGAACGUUGCAAGUCGUUUUUAAGUGAAUUCUGUCAAGACGACCAUUCGGGUUCGGGAAAAUGCUUUAAAUACGGCCAGGUUUUGACCAAGCUAGCACAUCGUGAACAAGUAGCACUUACCAUUGACCUUGAAGAUCUUAAAGAAUACGACUCUGAUCUUGUUGAGAAUGUAUUGGAAAACACCCUCCGUUAUCAGAAGAUCUUCGCAGAUGUGGUUGAAGAACUAUUGCCCGAUUACAAGGAGAGAGAGGCUACCUACAAAGAUUCUUUGGAUGUGUACAUCGAACAUAGGAUGCAUAUGGAGCAGAGGAAUCAUCAGGAUCCUGCAGAACACAGGGACUGGAGGAAUAAAUAUCCAUCAGAACUUAUGAGGAGAUAUGAGAUUUGCUUCAAGAACCUGUCGGAUGAAAAGGCUCUUCCAAUGCGAGAUCUAAAAGCUGCUCACAUCGGGAAGUUAUCAACUGUACGUGGCAUCGUUAUAAGAGCCACCGACAUCAAACCCAUGAUGUGUGUAGCUACAUAUACAUGUGAUAGAUGUGGCGGGGAGACGUAUCAACCGAUUUCAUCCCCCACGUUUAUGCCACUCGUCGUAUGUCCAAGUGAGGACUGCCAAACCAACCGCAGUGGUGGUCGGCUAUGUCUGCAGAAUCGUGGAUCUAAGUUCACCAAGUUCCAGGAGGUUAAAAUUCAGGAACAUAGUGACAUGGUGCCUGUUGGAAACAUUCCUCGGAGCUUGACUAUCUACUGCAGAGGAGAGACAACUGGAUGCGCAUCCGCUGGCGACCACAUUAGUAUCACAGGUGUCUUUCUUCCAAUGUUGAAGAUUGGAUUCCGACAAAUGCAACAAGGCCUGCUCACUGAUUCCUACAUGGAGGCUCAUAGAGUUGUUCGGAUGAACAAGAUUGAGGAAAACGAGCAAGAUGAAUCAGAGAUGACAGAAGAAGAAAUUGAGCAGAUAACUCAGGAUGAUUUUUACGAUAAACUUGCGAACUCAAUUGCCCCCGAAAUUUACGGACACGAGGAUAUUAAGAAAGCCCUUCUUCUUCUUCUUGUUGGUGGUGUGGAUAGGAAUGCUAAUGGUAUGAAAAUCAGAGGAAAUAUCAACAUCUGUUUGAUGGGAGACCCUGGUGUCGCCAAGUCCCAAUUGCUUUCUUACAUUGACCGAAUUGCCCCAAGAAGUCAAUACACUACAGGUCGUGGAUCAUCUGGUGUGGGUCUUACUGCUGCAGUAAUGAAGGACCCGGUUACAAACGAGAUUGUAGUUGAGGGGGGUGCGUUGGUUCUUGCUGACCAGGGUGUCUGCUGUAUUGACGAGUUUGAUAAAAUGAUGGACAGUGAUCGAACAGCCAUACACGAGGUUAUGGAACAACAAACUAUCUCAAUCGCAAAGGCUGGUAUAAUGGCUUCACUGAAUGCUCGCGUGUCAAUCCUCGCUGCAGCCAACCCUGCAUACGGUCGCUACAACCCAAAGAAAUCAAUUGAACACAACAUCCAAUUACCGGCUGCUCUUCUUUCAAGAUUUGAUCUUCUCUGGCUGAUUCAGGACAAACCGGAUCGCGAAAAUGAUCUCAGAUUGGCGCAGCACAUCACAUAUGUGCAUAUGCAUUCGGUCCAUCCACCUUUGCAAUUCCAACCUAUAGACAUGCGGCUUAUGAGGAAAUACAUAGCUCUGUGUAAAAGCAAGCACCCUGUUGUUCCUCUGGAAUUGCGUGAUUACAUCACAGCAGCUUAUGUUGAAUUACGUAAAGAAGCUCGUGCCAGCAAUGACGCUACGUUCACAUCCGCUCGUACCCUUCUGUCCAUUCUACGCAUUGCCACCGCACUGGCUCGUUUACGACUCGCUGACGUAGUAGAAAAAGAUGACGUCAACGAAGCAAUGCGAAUGAUGGAAAUGUCGAAAGAUACUCUGAAUCCCGGAUCGGAAAAUAUUCAACGAAAACAACGACCUACUGACGCGAUCUUCCAAAUAUUGCGCGACAUGGCGCCACAAGAUGGCAGCAACACGGUGUCCAGUGUCAGAGUUGCUGACGCCAGACAACGCUGUGUUGCUAAAGGUUUCACUCCAGACCAAUUUGACGAAGCUGUUGAAGAAUAUGAAGCUUUGAAUGUGUGGCUGCUAAACACGGCCAAGACACGUCUCACUUUUAUAUAAUGCAUAUCAUUCUGCUGCUACAAGUUUUGUAUAUACAGAAGACAUUUUGUCCCCAAACAAUUAUGUUGUACUAGUUGUGUUUUAUAGUCUUUGCGAAAAGCUAUUAACUGCCAAAUAAAAAGUCACCAUUUUUCAAUUA